AUGUCCUCGACUACGUCUACCCAGAAGAAAGACUUGGGCCAGCGGGAACCCAAUAUCAUUGACCAAUCUCCUUCAGUGACGCACUCCAAUCAAACCUCAAUGACUCCUGAGGGCUGCUCCGACGAUGUCGACUCGAACGCCGACUCAGACCCCGCCGUCGACGACUCCGAAGCCAGCUCCUCCGAUGGCGGCGAAGAAGCCAUGGAUCGACUGCGCCAAGUCGUCAACCUCCUCGAAAAUUGUGCACCCAACCAUCUACAGCUGGAGUAUGACACAAUGCAAGCUAAACGUCAAGCGAUCAUGUCGUCGAACCGUCUCUGGUCGGCGGAAGAGAAAGCCGACUACGGGCAAUGGCCGCUGAUUCUUGGCGACCGAAGGAAAGCAGAUGAAUGGACGCUCAAGGACACCAUACCAAUUCUCAAGCUUCCUUUGUACAUGGCCACCGAAGUAUGUCGAUACUGGUUCAAGCAUAAGCAGUCAUUGAUGGCUAGUUGAAGUUGCUGAUUAGGAAGCAAAACUGACACAAUUCUUCCUCACCGAUCCUCCUCCUAUCCUUCAUUGGCGAAACCAACCGGAACAGGAACACGAAUGGACAGCCUGCAAAUACGAACGUUGUCUCGCCGUAGAAGAAACAUCUCACGGUGCUCCAUCGAUCUCUUUCCAUCAGCAUCCGGCGGAUCACCUGACAAUGAUCGAAUGGCACCCGCUGAUCGGCCACAAUUUGCAAUCCACUUGGAAGGAAUCACGCAAAGAAGUGCUUCGCAUAUCGCACCAGUGCUCGGGCGCCUGCAUGCGCUACACUGGAGAUGAUGGGAAGAUAUACUACAACGUGCGACCGAAGGACAAAGAUAUCGUGCGCGAAUGCUCUUCACAAUUGAAGGUGAGUUAGCCGAAAUUUCAGCGUCAGAGAUCCUUUCUUUGCUGUGUUUGGGUUCGUGGCUUUUGCGCAUGCGCUGAGACCCGUUUCGUUACCUGCACUCUGCACUCUGCUUUUGUAAGAUUGUGGUUCCAGCCAGCAAUCUCUCGAUCGCCUUGAUUUACACGCUUGGCGACCAUGAGGGCCGGCGGACCCUAGAAUCGGUCAGGAAACCGGCCGCGGUUAUGCGAACUGUCGCUCAUCAGAUAGUGCAACAGUGUGGCAGCACCCGAAGCACUGCUUUCCAAGGUGAAUCACAAUCAUGAUAUGUCCAACAGAACCCUGUAUCUGUCUGUUGAUCGCACCGCUGACUCGCGUUCUUGGUCCAUUCACGCGAGAAAGUUAUGUCCGACUAUUGCAAGAAGUGGGAGAAGAUCCACCGAGUCACUCUCCAUCCUAACCGGGUCAUUUGGGCCAAACAACUCAAGAGCAUGUUCCGGACCAAGGCUGCGAAGGCGUACACACAUUCCUCUCCAUUAUACGCCCUAUCACGCACAGCUCAACUGCGAAAAUUCUGCUUGGACGAUGCGUCCGAACCGAUGACUCGCGGAGUUGCCUAGUGAGUUUUCUUCUCCAUCCGACGCAUUGUCGCGCUUGCAUCUGCUAAUGCAUGGCUUACACGUCGUACGUGUGUCCCGCAGUUUUCAAACUUUUAACGCCACGAACAACGAGUCACUCAUUUGCGUACUCGCAUCCUUGCAUUCGAUCGAUAUCCUGAUCGCCUUUGCCACCAUGGGAAACGUUGCCGAAGACGGUUCGCGAUUCCUUGGGAUUGAUUCGUCUUGGCGGUAUCUGAAUGAGAACCGCGCCCCGCUUACCAUUCUUGCGACGAUGGGUACGAACGAACAGAUGGCGUUGGGUUAGUCGCGAAGGAGGCCCUGCCCAAUCCCGUGCCUGCUUGCGAGUCUCAGCGUCUUCAGCCUUCGGCGCUGAUCAGUUUUCGCACAUUCUCUUUUCUGUAGGGCCUAUGCUACUCUCGAGUGACGUCAAGCAAGGGACGUUGCUGCAUUAUUUGGACGUUGUGAAGGACCUAGUCGAAAAACGGGCCGCCAUUAUUGUCAGAGGUAGGUUCGGCAGUCAGUCUGUCGAUACUUCGGCCUUGACACAGCGCAUUGACAUGUCUUUCGCGAAGCGUAGAUGCUCAACGGGGCUCCGUCAGCGAACUGCCCGGUAACCUGCCCAAUCUGCUGGAGAACGCUCAGUAUAUUGUACAGCACCAGUGGCAACCACCCAACUUGAUGAUCGACAAGUGCAGGACCGAACUGAGCGCCCUCAAAAAAUGUGAGGCGCUUUCCUCUUAAGCGGUGAUCAUUGGUCUCAGGGGUUAUUUUAUCUGACCUAUCAUUUUUUUCGAUCUCCCCUCACGGGUCUGUGUCUGCAACAGGGGCAUCGCGGCAUGGGCUCGAGUUUCAAAUUCGACUUUGUCAGUUUCAUGCGAUUCAAGCAAUUACUCGGUGGUCAACGGAUGCAACCCAUGCGAGCAAGACCGACAGGUCCCCAGUAUCAAAGCCCAUAUUGGUCCAUAUUUUGCGUGAUUUUCGUUCAAUCAUCCAACGCUUCCGGUUCGUCAGGGGUCCACAGGAAACGGAGGAGCUUGCAAACGUGCGACGACGUCAGGAAUUUGACGCAAGAGCGCAGACGUUUCUAACCCGAACCGAUGAAUGGAUCCUUAAGUCGCACUCAUCCGAUGAAACGUCAACAACGGAUGUUGGGAAGGCAAAGAUCAAGAAGUUGCAGCUACACGUUCGUGACUACUUCACGCAGAAUUGGUUCGUGGAUGCUUGGAUUGGUCAGUCCCAGAGCAAGAGCCAGUUUGCAUUUGGGAUGCAAGGGCAGCCAAGUGACCAGACUGCGCAUUCACCACAGAAACAUUUGUAGACGAUGGUCUACCAUUGGGAGUAGCUCGAGAUGAUAUCAAUACAAACAACAUCACUGAACGAGCUUUCAAACGAAUUCAGCAAGAGCAUCUCCAAGGUCGAGCAAAUAAACGGUAAGCUGGCUCGAGUCACGUAGAAAAUGAGUAAAACAGACUUGCUGAGGCCCGCACCAUCCCGCUGUCGGUAGCAUCGAUAAUCUAGUCAAUAUACUACUUGACAGCGCACUGAUUUACGACAUUCUCAAAGAUGUAACGAUUGCAACUCCGAAUGCGGAUCUCAGGCGAAUUCUGGCGAAAGCUCUGGACAUUUGGGAGAUGGGUGUUUUUCAACAGACGAAGAAGAGCUACGCUUGGGUGGUUUCAGCAGGGUUAGUUGCUCUCGGUCAACUUGCUCAAUACUACAUGUCUUCAGCUCUGGACUUACGUCAUUUCCUGCGGCUCUCUACGCAAAAUGCAGAGAUGGUUCCGAGCCUAGAAUAGUGGACAUGCGCUUGCCGAAAUGCAAAUGCUUUCGACCAGUCAGGCAAGCGCUGCCCCCACCUGUGGGCAGUGGAUCUCCUGGUGAAUAAUGGGACCUAUCACACUGUGAUGAGUACGCUAUUCAACCUGUUUGCCAGACGGAACCCAUUGGGUGGCUUGCUAACACCACUCAACCACCUAUGCAGAGGAGCAGGCACGAGCUGCUAUGGAUCUCAAGGGGCCGCUUCAUGACGACAUUCCGCGCAGCAAGGUUCGGGAUUCGACAAUCGAGAUGGUGGUCAAUUGUGCGAUCAACGAAAAUCUCGCCAUUGAUGAUCUCCAUGGUAGUCUGUCAGAAGAAGAUGACGAGGAUGAUAGUUCCGGCGAAUCAGAAGCAGAGAUCGAAGUCGGGAAUCGUGCCGACGUCGAUAUGAAGGCCGCGACCAGCAGAGGUGAGGAGGACAUGUAUUGCCAGCUAAUUGAAGUACCUCGCACUCUCACUGACGCUCCGCGCCUUCGCACAGGUCCUUCGCCCAAGAACAAGCCUUUACAGCCAGGUCGGUCGAUCACGAAACCGAAAGGUCGAUCAAAGAAGAAGACGCGUUUGAACGUCACGGAGGAUGUCCAAGGUGCAACCUCUCCUACCAUCAAAAGUGCACCUCAUCUCGAGCAUACGGGCCGCCGGAAUGGAAACGCAGACAAACUCCUCAAGUCGCUAUUGCGGGACAAGCUCAAUCCAGCGUCUUUGCGUACUAAAACCGCGAAGGACAAGCCCUUCGCCGAUGAAGCAUUCUCAAAGACGCGUGGGCGACGACCUGAGACCAAGCCUUUCAACAGUCUCAUAGGAACCAAGCAUCAUCAAGCUGCCAAGGAGAUUACAGAUUGUCUAACAACCUUGGAAUGCCUCGACAUCGCAUAUUCUGACGAAGCGCUCUCUGACGACCAGAAACCUGCAUGCCCUUGCCCCCCUUUGGUCGAAGGCAUGUUGCAACCGUCGAUUUAUGCCACAGUCAACCCUGACAAUCGAAUGGCGAACGUGACUAAUAUACAGGCUGUCGUUGGAUCCAUCAAGCACCCUUAUACAGCGUCGCGACAAGACCGCUUUCCAUGGAUGAUUCAUUUAGACGUCCACCAGGAUGCGUAUGUGCCGGGGUUGAACUUGCGAACGCUGGCGACGCUCAACGACCCCGAAGAAUGGGUAAGUAGUGCUCAUAUCGAUGCGUUCGUCACUGCGAUCAAUCGGUUUGGUGGUCAGGCUGCGAUGCGGGAGGACCAGCGAUCAGCUGUGUCGGAUCGGACGCCAACGUGUUAUGGAUUCCACCCUCUCAAAGACUUUGGAGAAGACAUCGGAGGAAAAAAUCCUACCAACCGACAUCCCGGGGUGAGUUGAAUAUAUGCUCGGAUGCAUUUGUUGAGAGUUUGUAAGUACUAACCACUUACCUUACUUCUUCAUAGAUACGCCUCUCUCAGACUCCAGCGCUUCUAUUUCCAAUCCAUAUGCCCGGUCAUUGGGUGCUUGUUGAGGCCCGUCUGUCCGACCACACCUUCCGCUUCUAUGACUCGCUGCGGCGUUCUAAAGAAAGCGUAGACGACCCGAACAUUCCAUCGCCGGAACAAAACUUUGCCAAUUGUUUGAAGGUGAGAGGGAGAAGCGACUUGUGUGGAUCCCGCUUACCUGAUAGGCUGACUAUAAUCCGCUGAGCUGAUGAUCGCAGAACAUCGUUCCUUUCCUCACGGCUCGGGCAGAAGGACCCAUCCCUCGUGUCACCGGAGGCAGUGACCGGCCCACAAUCCCGUACGCAGAGUGGGAGCGAGUGAUCGUGAAACCGCGAGUACCGAAGAAGGGAGACUUGAUGCCUAGGACAGAGUUUACGCGACAGCCCGAUGGCAACGCUUGCGGCGUCUUCGUUUGUCGAACGAUGGAAACGUUGGUCGCGGCGGUUGCGUUUCAGUCUGAAUUAGACUGGAGCUGGAGCCCACUCAAGCCACUUCAGGACAACUUCUAUGCUGACCAACGCGCAUAUAUGUUGGACGUUGUUAUUCAUGCUCGCUUGCGGUGUGACACGGAGUUGGAAGCAAAUUCUGACCCCCCUCCCCUCGAUUUGCGAGAGGGGACUGGAGCUCCUCCGCCGCUUCCCGGUCAGUCAUUCUACUGUUGAUCUCAACGAUCUGAUCUUAGUGAUAGUUCAAGCUUGCUUGAUGUUGAGGCUGACACUCUUGUGUAUGCAGAAUCUGUCCCACUCGCGCUCAAGGAGAGUUCGCCGGAGCUCGAAGAGAAGCCCUUGGGAUCGCCCGGCAUUGAAAUUUCCGCGCCUACCCUCGUUCUGAUUGACCCUUCAAUCGGCACAAUGUACACCUCUGAGUCCAAACCCGACGCUCAAUGUACUGCUCCGUUGAUUUCGCGAAGCCCGCGGCCCAACCCGGCACCGUCAAUUGAAACGAUUGGUUCGAUGCCAGAUGCGCCGCCAAUGAGACUCCAGAGGGUCGUAAGGUUCGACCCUACUCCCCCUCCGCCGGUGUCUGAGGCACUCGAGGUCGUUGCUUGCUUGCCAAGGUAUCAAACACGUAAAUUGGCCGUUCGGUCAAUUGCCGCUAUAUCCACAAGCGCCCCAAGCCUUCGCCGAUCGAAGCGCAAGAGGGAAGAAUCCUUUUUCAAAGCUGCGCGGCUUCGCUGAAGCCUUGCACUCAAUGCCGGACUCACAAGAUGAAUCUGAUGUUGGAGUCAAUUGCUCGGUAUGGGCUCUCCCAAACUGCAUCGGAUCCUUCCUUGUCACCAGAACACUCACAUUGGUCAUGGUCUAUUUUGAGCAGCUGCAAGAAGAGGAGUGAGGUCGUCGAUCCUAAGCCGUGCCAUUAUGAGUAG